UGGAACUGAACUCCAGGCCACGCCCCGUUCCGUUGAUUACCUAUUCCAUUUCCCCUGUUCAGUUCCAGUAGUUCUCCACCCACCAGCCGACAUAGAAGAAGCUGUACGGCCGACGCUUGUCUGUCUUCUAGCCAUAUGGCAAAAACAGCCCUCUUUCUUUCUUAUAUGAUUGUCCCCACUACUCUUUAAAAAUUCCGCCGAAAAAGAGAAGACGAUUUUCCAAAACAUUCUGGCCGUUAUCUCACGGCUCCCCUGUCUCUGCACAGGUGUAUGAGUGCUACCCAGAGGGCCUAGGGGCCGCUCUUUACCGGGAGCACUUUGAUUUCAACGCUGAGCCACCUUGGGAUCCUAGCUGAUAGCGGGACAGGUCCAUCUCCUGACUUGUCCAUUUUGUUGCAUACCGGCAGGACCCAUUGGCUCAGUCGUGACCCCUUGACUUGUUUAUCUGUACUUUAUGAUUGUCGGCUUAGCGGAAUACGGUUGAGAUGAAAGGACUCACUGACAAACCCAGCUACAUCAUUGAACUCCUGGAGGGAGGAGUGACCCUUGAAGAUGUCAUUGAUGGGCACAUCUGCGAGCAGGCUCUGGUGGAAAAGAGUGCGUUUUUGGUGGGCGAUCUCGGUGCCCUGAUGCAGCAGCAUGUGUGCUGGCAGAACGUAAUGCCACAGCUGCAGCCCUACUACCCAGUCAAGUGCAACAGCAGCCCUGCGGUCAUCGAACUGCUGGCCUCCUUGGGCCUGGGCUUUGUUUGCACCAACAAGACUGAAGUGAGUCUGGUGCUGGAGCUUGGCGUACCACCAGAAAACAUCAUUUUAUCAGGUGUUUGCAAGCAGUUGGCACACAUCAAGCAUGCUGCCAAGAACAACAUCCAGCAUCUUGUGUGUGAGAAUGAAGCAGAGUUGUCCAAGAUUUCCCGCCUGCACCACAGUGCAAAGUUGUUGCUGCAGUUGACCACCGAGUCUCAUGCGGCUGAGACUAGCAUGGCCUUUGGCUCCUCUCUAAAGAGCUGUCGGCACCUGCUGGAAGCAGCCAAGGAGCUGGGAGUCCAGGUGGUGGGGGUGACUUUCCACAUCCCCAGCUCCUGCCAAGACCCGCAGCAGGCCUACAACCGUGCACUGUCAGAUGCCCGCUGUGUGUUUGACAUGGGGCUGGAUCUGGGCUUCAACAUGAACAUCCUGGACAUCGGUAGUGGAUUUACUGGCUCAGAGUUUCAGCUCAAACAGGUUGAAUCCGCAGUCAGGCCGCUGCUGGAUGCUUACUUCCCCCCACAAUCUGAUGUGCAAGUGUUAGCCCAGCCUGGCAGCUUCUAUGUGGCCUCAGCUUUUAGCCUGGCUGUUAGUGUGAUUGGGAAAAAUGUGGUGACCUGCCACUGGGAUGGCCUAGAUGAAGGUGAAAACAAUGAAGAUAGAGAGUUCCAGUACUACAUGAAUGAGGGUGUUUAUGGCCCAUUCAGCCGCAAACUGCUGGGAAACACCAUCUCUGCCCCUUCAGUGCACAAGCACGUGCUGUGCACAGAGAAGGCAGUAUAUCCCAGCAGCCUGUGGGGCCCAUCACUGGACCAUCUGGACCAAGUGGUGGAGCGCUGCCUGUUGCCUGAGCUCAGUGUGGGAGACUGGCUUCUUUUUUCCAGCAUGGGAGCAUGUGGAAUGGAAGAGUUGAGCUUUCCCCAGCUGCCCAUCUACUAUACUGUCUCCACCUCUGACUGGUACGAAAUGCAGGAGGCCGGUGUGACACUGGAUAGUGCCAUGAAGAAUUUCUCCAUGGUCAAUUACAGUGCAUAACUACCCUCAACCGCUUGUCCUGUUAUGUAUGGCACACAGCUUAGCCUCUGCUUUCACUAUGUGGGCAGAGCGGUCAGUGUGGUUUUUCAGCAGACAAGGGGCUAAAUGUGGUCAACAUUCCAGCCACUUUGGAAAAUGUAGUAUCCAUCGUUUCUUCCAGAAAUUUGACUUUUACCUCUAGAAAUGAGAAACAAUUGGUUUGAUUCCUCAACUAUCAAAAAUUUUAUCUGGAAGGUCAUCUUCUUACUGUUGCUCCUCCCUCUGAUGGACAAAAAAUAUUGGCUAAAAAAAGCUCCAGCUUACACUCAAAUCACAUUAUGCAACAAAAUGGACGACUCUGGAGAUGGGACCCUCCAACAUGUUUAGAGGGGUUUAUUUCCUAACUCCAAUCCAGUUUACAAAAUGUACAAUUAAUUACAGUCAUGUUCUCCCUUUGCUUACAUGUUGACAGUUGUGUAAAUCCUGUAUCUGUUAAACACUCACACAUUUGUCUGUAGAUGAUUUUGAAGUGUUUAAAAUAAUAAUUGCCUCAAUGACAGUUAUGUUACCUAUUUCUUUAUUGCCAUUCACAUUGAUGCUUUUUUAUUUAUUGGGUUCAAAUAUUUGUGGGGCUUAUUUAAAGCUCCAUCUUCUGUGUGUUGUGUCCGGGUAUUACGCUGUGGCCCACCUAACAGCGUUUUCCUGUUAAUAUAUUAAUGUUUUUUAACGCUACAUGGGCUAUAUGUGUUGUGAUUGCCACUUGUGGUUUUCAUUUACUCAAAAGGCUCGAAGGAAUUGUGGUGGCAUAUUCUGUCUACGCUAAGCUAUAGCUCAAAUGCAGAGACGCUGCCUAUGACUUAAUGCACUCCUUGCCUCUGACAGAGAGGUUGAUCUGAUUUAAAAUGCACAAACUCUUUUACAGGUUAAAGAAAUACUGUGACAUUUAACAACACAGCCCUGAUUUUUGGUGUCUCUUGCCAAGGGAUUGAUCCUUGUUCUCCCAGGAUCUGAAAAGCCAGCAAAAAGAGCUAUUUCUAACUUGUGCUCAAACAUAUUGAUCUGUGGGGCAGAUGUAAACUUGCGUGUCUAUUUCUGUAAAGACAUGUUAGUUGUACACACACACCUCUCUGGGGCAGUGUCGAUGAAUAACAUGCCAGACUUUUCCUCAUGCCUGUCUGAAAUUAUGAGGGACAUAACGCACAGUCUUGUACAGCUCAAUGCCACACAUCUGAUAUUAAAGGUGACAUAACUUAAUUGCAGUUUUAAAGAAUCCUGUCUUCAUGUUACAAAUUACUGAUGUAUUAAUUACUUGCUUGUCUAAGGCACUAAUGGACCAUGCUUGUUUUUGACUGUAAAUUGUGCUUGUUAAAGUAAUCAAAGUGAUUAAUUUAAUACAUUUCUGACAAUA